UGUCGUUUUUGUUAGCAAUUUAAAAAAUACAAAAGAUAUGCAAAGCAACGUUUAUGGAGCCCCGCUGGCCGGUGGCACGUUCGACUUCGAGGGUUUUAUGAAAAAGCCUCAAACGAUUCUGCGAUUUCUGAGUUGGGCCUUUGCCAUAGUGGUGUUCGCUACCAUCACGGCGGAGGGUUAUGUCAACUCCUCCGUGGAGCCGGAGCCCAAGUGCAUAUUCAACCAGAGGGAGAGCGCAUGCAGCUACGGUGUGGGCAUUGGCGUGCUGGCCUUUUUAGCGUGCAUGGCCUUCCUUGUCCUGGACGCCUACUUCCCGCAGAUCAGUAACGCCAAGGAGAGGAAGUACAUCAUCAUCAGUGAUUUGGUCUUCUCAGCGGCUUGGACGUUCCUGUGGUUCAUCUGCUUCUGCGUCCUGGCCAACCAGUGGUCGUGGACCACCAGCAUUGCCGUGCCGGCUGAUGCCGCUCGCGCCGUUGUGGCCUUCUCUUUCUUCUCCUUUCUCUCCUGGGCUCUGCUGUCCUACUUCGCCUACGAGAGGUAUCGCCAAGGCUUGAGCGACUUAAACCAGCAGUACACGGACCCCGCCGUUGACCCAUCGUACCCCCCAGCUCCUUAUGCCACCAGCGGUGGCGGACCCUCGGGCUACCAGCAGUCCCCGUUCUCCCAGAACCAGGAGUCUCCUGGAGAGUACCAACCACCGACUUACUGAAAGUGUUAGAGGGCGUUUAUCUUUGCCAAAUUCCCACGUAAGACACGUCCCUGCCCUCCUCUUUUCUCUCAGUCGGACAUGCACAUGUUCAUUAUUGUGUCAAAUGAUUCUGUUUUUUAAUGACUUGCUUCUCUGGGAGGGAAAAGGAGAGCCUCGCUGCUUUCUUGUCUUUGUACCAAAACCACUUGAAGCCCAAAUGUAUCGCAGCAUCACAGGAGAAGUUAGGAAAAUAUCACAAAAAUGUCUCCUUAGAAGAAAAAAAACUACUGUCAUGGUUUCUUUUAAUUUAAUAAUCACUUAAGAAUGGCUUUUGUGCACUGUGUAUUAUUCAAUCUAUCAAUAUUUUAAUAUUAUUUCAAUGUAAAAGCUUCGAGAGUAUUUUUUGGGGGGGGGGGCUUUAAAGCAGAGUUUCCAAACCUUGGUUACAUUUUCCCCGAAGUCUUAUUUUUUUUUAAGGUAUUAGUGCCAGGAGGAGAGUAAUAUGCAGAAAUGAGUCUGCCUGCAAUGAACCUUCAUGUCUUUCUACUUCCCCCUUCACUAUAACUUUCUUUUUAAAGAAAAGCGCUUUCUCAUGUGUGCAUUGUCACUUACACUUAAAAUUGUAUUCACUUUAAACACAUUCAGGCUUCCAAUCUUGAGGUGACAUAAUGCAGCAGAGUGACUUCCCAACAAUUGUUUCGGCCUGUCACUAUAUGUUGCUAGCGUAGAAUUAUGAAUUAUUAUUUAUUUGAAAGAGACAAUCAUUUUCACCCACUAGAGUGAAAUAGGAUCAUUAUUCCCCACACAUUGAUUUGUUACUUGUGUUCAUGUACUUUUAUUUUUUUUCUACACGUAGGUCACAAUUAAAUGGCAGCAGUUCAUCUUGCCAGGCACAGGACAAUCACAUGAGUAGCACAUUAUCACAUGACCAUCUUUUUUGCUUCUUUACGACAGGUUUUGCACUGGAGAAAAUGCAAACUCAAGUGCCUCACGCAGUAUUCUCUUUGCCAAAUAAUGAAAUAAAACAAAAAAAGUUUGUUCCUAA